AUGAAUCUGAUAAAAAAUAAAUUUACUGUAUAUUUAUUUAUAUAAAAUUUUAGAAUACAAUUAUUCUUAUUCAAUUUGUAAUGGACCUUAGUAUAAUAAUUUUCUUACUUGUUCUCAAGAUCAAAAUAGAAUAUUAAUUGAAGAUAAAAUGA